AUGGAUCGCUCAUCGUUGCUUCCGCAGACCGCAGCCAGACCGCGAACAGCCUUCGCAUACGUUCCGCUAGCGCUGACCUUGGGGUUAUUCACCUUUCUUUUCUUCUCGCGCCUCGCUUACGAAUCUCGCGACGCCGGUUCGUCGGUGGACGGUCGCGAUGAGGACGGGUUGAGCUGCGGGUUUCUGCCGAAGCUCUUUUCGCUCGUGUCCAAUGAGAGCCUCGCGUUGCACCUUCGGGAGCUCACCGCCAAGCCGCACAUCGCAGGCACCCCCGAAAACUUCGAAACUGCUCGUUACGUCAAGGAGAAAUUCGAGUCGUACGGGCUGCGCGCGCACUACGCGGACUACCCCGUGCUGCUCUCCUACCCGCUGCGCCAGUCGCUCCGCCUCGUGCGCCCCGUCGCGCGCAACUUCUCGCUGCGCGAGGAACCCGUUCACGGCGACCCGUUUAGCGCCUCGCGCGCCGCCACUGAUCCUUUUAACGCGUAUUCCGGUAGCGGGAGGGUCGGCGGGAAGGCCAGCGGGAGGGUGAGCGGAAAGGGGGCGGGAGAGGAGGAGGCGGAGGGGGAAGGAGCGGGAAAAGCAGAAGGAGCGGCGGUGGUAUAUGCGAAUUAUGGGCGCAUGGAAGAUUUUGAAGAGCUGGUGGCGGCGAUUGGGGAGGAGCAGGUGAAAGGCGCAGUGGCGCUGAUUCGUUAUGGAAAGACUUUUAGAGGGGAUAAGGUUCGGAAUGCAGAGAGGUUCGGCGUGGCAGCAGUGCUGCUGUACUCUGACCCAGCGGAUUACGCACCAGAGGGCACAGAUGCGGAGCAUGUGUACCCGCAGCAGCAAUGGCUGCCUGCUACUGGCGCUCAGCGAGGCACCAUCUACACAGGCAAGGGCGACCCUGCCACCCCCGGUUGGCCGUCCCACCCUGGAGGGGAACGGUUAAGCCACAAGGAAACAGCCAAGCGCCUGCCACGCAUCCCGGUGCUGCCGGUGGGGUAUUCGGUGGCCGGGGCUGUGAUGGCGCACAUGGGAGGGAGUUCGGUGCCGGAGGAGUGGCAGGGCGGCAUGACAGACGUGCAGUAUGUGUUUGGGCCGGGACCCGCUGCGGUUGACCUGGAGGUGCAGAUGAACGCCACAGUCACCACCAUCCGUAACGUCAUUGGCGUGCUGCCAGGCUCCCACCAGCCGGACAGGUACAUCAUUCUGGGCAACCAUCGGGAUGCAUGGGUGUUUGGCGCUGCAGACCCCAACAGCGGCACCACCUGCUUGCUCGAGGUGGCGCGUGCGUUUGGCCACAUGGCGACACAUGGUUGGUCGCCUCGCCGCUCGCUGGUGUUUGCCAGCUGGGAUGCUGAGGAGUACGGAUGUGUGAGUGUGACUAUAGAGGGCUGGGGUCAACCGAGAUCAACGGAGUGGGCGGAGGACAAUGCACCGGUGCUGGCAUCAUCAGCAGUAGCAUACAUACAUCAACGUGGACGAUCAACGGAGUGGGCGGAGGACAAUGCACCGCUAGGAUCAACGGAGUGGGCGGAGGACAGUGCACCGCUUGGGUCAACCGAAUGGGUAGAGGACAACGCGCCAGUGCUGGCGACGUCAGCCAUGGCAUACAUAAACGUGGACGUGGCUGUGGGGGGAGGAGGUUUCCAUGCCUCCGCCACCCCACAGCUUGAUGACCUCAUCCGUGACGUCAGCAGCCAGGUAGGCACGCUGACGUCAGUGGCUGGGUGUGCUGAUGGCAUUGAGCCGUGUGGUGGACUGAGCGAGUACCAACCAGUGGCCAAUCCCGACGAUCCAGCUGGCGAGUCGAUAUUGGAGGGGUGGGCGGCUGAGCACAGCACGUCAGAGCCUGAGUUGGGGCGGCUGGGAGGGGGAGGCAGUGACUACGCUGCGUUCCUGCAGCACCUUGGGAUUGCCGCAGCAGACACUCACUUUGGAGGAUCCUACCCCAUGUAUCACAGUGUGUACGACAACUAUCAUUGGAUGGCCACCUUUGCCGAUCCACUCUUCAAGCGCCACGUGGCAGUCACCAAGAUGAUGGCUGGCGUGGCUGCCAGGCUGGCAGGCGACCACCGCCUGCCCUUCAACUACUCUGCAUACGCUGCCCACCUGGAGCAUGACGUUGCAAGGCUGCAGGCUGACGUGGCAGCACAAGGCGCCCCGUCAUCUCUCUCAGUGGAGCCGCUCUUUGCGUCGGUCUCUCGGCUCCUGGUGGCUGCCCAGGGCAUUGAAGCGGAAAUCCAGGUGCGCAUUCAGGCUGGUAUUCAGGGGUGCACAGCGGUGGGGUGCACAGCGGUGGGGAGCACAGCGGUGGGGUGCACAGCGGUGGGGUGCACAGCGGUGGGGUGCACAGCGGUGGGGUGCACAGCGGUGGGGUGCACAGCGGUGGGGUGCACAGCGGUGGGGUGCACAGCGGUGGGGUGCACAGCGCAGUCCCUCCCAUCUUCCAUCUCCAUUUCCCGUGUUCCUCCACCCUUCCUCGCACUUCCCUUCUUAUCCCUCCUAUUCCCCGCUCCCUUUCUCCUCGCACCUCGUCUCAGCCCCAUCUCACACCCCCCGAAUCCCACGCACCCCUCCCACCACCACAGCGCAUUGCAGCAUCCAGCAGCAGCGCAUGCAGGUGCACGAGGGGGAGGGGAUGCCCCAUGGAGGGCGCAUCUGAGGAAGGCACAAACUGAGGCCAUUCGCCCCCAUCCCACACCCUCCCACCCCGCCACCCCUCCCACCACCACAGCACAUCGCAGCGGCCAGCAGCAGCGCGUGCAGGUGCACGAGGGGGAGGGGAUGCCCCAUGGAGGGGGAGGGGAUGCCCCAUGGAGGGGGAGGGGAUGCCCCAUGGAGGGGGAGGGGAUGCCCCAUGGAGGGGGAGGGGAUGCCCCAUGGAGGGGGAGGGGAUGCCCCAUGGAGGGGGAGGGGAUGCCCCAUGGAGGGGGAGGGGAUGCCCCAUGGAGGGGGAGGGGAUGCCCCAUGGAGGGGGAGGGGAUGCCCCAUGGAGGGGGAGGGGAUGCCCCAUGGAGGGGGAGGGGAUGCCCCAUGGAGGGGGAGGGGAUGCCCCAUGGAGGGGGAGGGGAUGCCCCAUGGAGGGGGAGGGGAUGCCCCAGGAGGGGGAGGGGAUGCCCCAUGGAGGGGGAGGGGAUGCCCCAUGGAGGGGGAGGGGAUGCCCCAUGGAGGGGGAGGGGAUGCCCCAGGAGGGGGAGGGGAUGCGCCAUGGAGGGGGAGGGGAUGCCCCAUGGAGGGGGAGGGGAUGCCCCAUGGAGGGGGAGGGGAUGCCCCAUGGAGGGGGAGGGGAUGCCCCAGGAGGGGGAGGGGAUGCCCCAUGGAGGGGGAGGGGAUGCCCCAGGAGGGGGAGGGGAUGCCCCAGGAGGGGGAGGGGAUGCCCCAGGAGGGGGAGGGGAUGCCCCAUGGAGGAAGGCAGCGCCAACUGCUCGUCUCCCACACCCUUUCCAUCCUCUCUCCCCCCUCUUCCCCUCCCCCCUCCCACCACCACAGCGCAUUGCAGCAUCCAGCAGCAGCGCGUGCAGGUGCACGAGGGGGAGGGGAUGCCCCAUGGAGGAAGGCAGCGCCAACUGCCCGUCCUCCAAGGCGUUUGACGCGGUGAACGAGCGCCUCUUUCUGGCGGAGCGGGGGUUCCUGGACGGCCACGGCAUCGGGCCACACUACACGUGGUUCAAGCACCUGGUGUACGGCCCUGAGAAGGACAACGACUAUGCCACGUCACCAUUCCCCGGGAUCCGCGAUGCCAUCGCUGAUGUCAUCAGUAGCAGCGCCUCCAAAAAGGAAAAUCCCGAGGCUGGGGCAGGUGGUGCUGUGAGGGGGAGUGACAAUAACGAGGAUGGGGAGGAGUGGAAGGCGGUGCAGCAUGAGAUCUUCCGGGCAGCACGGGCGAUCGAGAGGGCCGCGAAGAUCCUCGAGGGGCAGCUGCUGUGA